AUGCUGUCUACUGCAGAGCAGACCCAGGCACAUUUCAUUCAGGUCUUUCUCCUCCUUUCUCAGCUGCAAGAGCCCUUCAGGAAAACCGGGUUCCUGCUGGGGCUGCUGGCGCCCUACACCUGCGCCUCUCUGGGCACAUCCCGGCUGUGGGCUGCUGACUGCAUUGCCUGCCUCCUCCCCAUACAAGAUCAGUCCAUGGGCAUGGAUGCAGCGGAGGAGGAGCUGAGGGGUAUCAGGGAGGAGCUGAAAGCCUCCACCCCUGAGGUUGUGCUUGCAGCAUCCUCCCGCAUGGCCAAGGUCCUUGGAAAAUAUUUUCCAUCAAGCCAGACCCAUGAGUUUAUGGAGACCCUGCUGAAUGGCAUGCUGAGAGCCAGCCCCACAUGUGCCACAGCAGGAGGACAUUGGCUCCUCAGAAUCAUCGAGGAGCAUGGAGAGGCCCUGCUGGAGGAGGUAAAGUUGAAGCUGAGGAGGAUUUCUGCAUUUGCUUCAUGCUUUUCAAAUGCUGCUUUCAUACGAUGUGGACAGUGA